AUUAUCUCGCCAGUAUAAAUAGAAACAUGCUCAGAGAGGGCACAGGAUGGAAAACUCAUGAUGAAUUGUUAGGGCAUGUUGUGUUGGUUCUGUCAAUGCCUGCAGUCAGAUGAUUUCACUGGCUGUACAGGAUGAAAUCUCAUAUUUCAAUGUAUAAGUAAAAGUGUCAAAGUUCAGCUGAAGCAGGGACGAUUACAGAGCAAAUUUUGUGUGUAUUUGUAGCCAGGGCACCAGAGCAAUAGAAGAAGCCAGAAUGAGCCGGAAAAACAAAAGGAGUUUAAAGGAGAAAUUUGCCUUGAAGAACAGCUUGGUUAAAGAAGCCCUUUCAGAAUUCCUGGGAACUUUUAUACUGAUACAGCGUGGUUACUGCCUGACAAACACUGCACAGCUUUGAAUGAAUUGCUGCUGUUUGUGGCACUUGGAUGUGGGUGUGUGGGGCAGGCCGUCCUCAGCCGAGGAGCCCAUGGUGGGCCCAUGACAAUAUCAGUUGGAUUUGCAAUGGCAGUCACCAUAGCAGUGUAUGUGUCUGGUGGGGUUUCUGGUGGUCACAUAAACCCUGCCGUUUCAUUAGCCAUGUGUGUGGCUGGAAGAUUAAAAUGGACCAAAUUGCCAAUUUACAUAUUAGCACAACUCCUGGGAGCAUUUGUUGGAGCAGCGGCUGUCUUUGGGAUUUAUCACGAUGCCUUUAUGGAGUAUAGCAAUGGGACACUUGAAGUCACAGGACCUUAUGCAACAGCACAGAUCUUUGCAACAUACCCAGCUCCAUAUCUAUCCCUCAUAAAUGGAUUUGCAGAUCAGGUGAUGUCAACAGCUGUUCUUCUUCUAGUUAUAUUCGCUAUUUUUGAUACCAGAAAUAACAGAGUACCAAAGGGCCUGGAGCCAGUUGUAGUAGGACUUCUUGUAAUCGUUCUUACUUGCUCCUUGGGAAUGAACAGUGGCUGUGCCAUGAAUCCAGCCAGGGACCUCGGGCCUCGUCUCUUCACAGCCAUUGCUGGCUGGGGCACUGAAGUGUUCACGGCUGGAAAUAAUUGGUGGUGGGUCCCUAUAGUUGCACCUAUGCUGGGAGGAGUACUUGGAGCUCUUACCUAUAUAAUUUUUAUUGAAAUUCAUCACUCAGAUAAUCAGCAAGGAGAAGAAAACGAUGUAUAUGAUAAAUAUGAACUAACGAACAUGUAGUAAGAAAUUAAGAAUUUUCUUUCUGUUUUUGUUGUAUUGUUUUUAAUGCAAAUGAUUCUUUGGACCAUUUUGUAAAACCCACGUGUCUCUAUUAGAAAUUCACACUUCAAAGCAGAAAAAAACUAUAUAGAAAACAAGUUCAAAACUGAUCUCCUCUGUCCUUGAAACAUAGGGCUGACCACACUCAAAUUAGGGAACAAAAUUACUGGAGGGAGGCAUGAAAUGUUGUUAUUUUCAUACAGCUUUCAGAGCAAGUUAUCUCCUACAUGAAAUUGUAAGGAGAUGAUACACUGCACUGUUAAUUCAACACGGAUGAUCUUAAUCAUGUUGCCUAAUUAACUGAAAAUAGAUGAGAUUGUUAUGAAACUGCUUCCAAAGGUAGUUAAUUGGUUGAGUGCUGGAUUAAUAUCUAAGAGCACAUCUCACUUCUUAUAGCCAUUACUUAAGAAUGGCUUGUCUGGAAAGAAAAAAAGAUCUGAACUGCCUAAACAUCAAGCGAGUAGAUUUAAAUAACUUACUAAAUUAUUAUGCAGCCACUGGUUGAACAGUGAAGAAACAGCUCAUCAGUGAAUCAGCUUGAUAAUUCAGAAUAUCAACACAAAAGCUGAAAAACUGUUAUGGGAUCAACACUAAAAAGGCAAAGCCAUAUUUUUGCACAGGUUCUUUGUAGCAAUAACAUUCAGUUAUUUUUACUGUUUACUUGACCUUUAUGUUACUCAACAUUGAAAACUUAAUCUAGAAUAUUAAUCUGAACCUCUCCUGCUAUGCUUUCUGGAUAAAUUUUAUUCCUGUAGAGAUGGGCCAGCAAUAGGGGUUUAUACUUACACAGGGGUUAGCACAAGGCCUAUGUGUGUCUAAGCUUCAAAGAGGUCUUCUGCUGCUGAUGUACAUGAGGGGGUUUUGUCGGCUUAGUAGGAGUAAUUUUUAUUUUGGUAGCAGUAAUCACAGUUAGAAACUGGUCUCAGACCUACUCCUGGAUCUGAAUUCCCCAUGGAAGGUCAACUCCACUUCAGAAUUGUGAAGCAUGGGUUCUGUUUGGCUAAACAUAAGCAGUUGGACAUCGAACCAGCUAAGUAUUUAGGAAGCAGUCCAUGUCAGGAUUAGGGUCAGGUCUAAAAAUGAAGUUAUUUCUGCUUAAUCAUUGUGAAUUUAAUGUAUCCAACACAUUCUAACUUCCUUCCUAGUAGCAUACGUACAUUUAUACAUGCACAAAGUUGGUGGUGGUCAUGGGUAGGUAGAUAUCCAAUUUGGAAAUGCUCCUGAACUAUUUUUUCAAGGCAAAGCUCCAGGGUACCUGUUCUCAUUAGGGCCCUAUUCCCUUUGGGUUUCCACAGGUCUGCUCCCUGGAAUUCCACUAUUAUUUUCUCAUUUCAUUCCUGAAGGAAUCUUUCAUAUGCUCCGUAACAGCCUGUGCACAUCAGUGUGGUAUCUGCAGAAGUGAUUUGGAAAAAUAUCAGCAUCAGCAUUUGGACAGGCCAGGCUUGUGUCACUGUAUGUCUUUAUGCUCUCUGAUACGCCACACCAAAUUAAUGGCAGCAGAAGUAUAGAAUUAGCAGGUCAAACAAAGCUUUACUUGCCACAACUCUGAAGUCAUACGAUCCCAUGUGCAUCAAAACAUUGGCUAUUUAUUUGCAAAGCCACAAUAACAAAAGGGGAAGUUUCAGAGAGUCGGCCCUCCACCUAUCUGAAACAAGGCAAAAUACAGGAGAAUGAAGAGUAAAGUGUGGAAAUUAUUCUUAACUACAGAACUUACAUUGACAGCAUAGGCAAGUAAGGGCAUCUGUCCUGUAUACACUGCAUUACAUAAAGCCAGAUGCUGUAUAAAAGUGAUUCAGGUCUGUUCCAGUGGAAACAGAAGCACCUUUUCCUCCUCCUUGCAGCAGGCCCUCCCUUGCUACUUGGUGGUGUCUGACAGCAGCAGUCUGGGUGACUGCUGGCCAUCUGUGUCUGAGCAGAGUGUGCAAAAGGUAGGAACAGCCUGAGGGCUGCCCUCAGAUCUGAAAGACAGUUGCUCUUCCACUAAUGCCAACAGCUUACAUUAAACAUCUGUGCAAGAAAACAGACAAAUGGAUAAUUACCCAAAUAAACUGUCUACACUGGUUUUUAUCCAAAACGGUAACAGACAGGUUUAAUCAUUUACUCUGCUAGAAUUUUGCUUAGUCAGUAGGCUUUAUAUGCCUUGCAGUAUUGCAUCUUUUAAUACAGCAUAGAAAAAAGGGAAAAAGAAGAACACAGGUGAGGAAUGAGUAAGGGACAAUUUGUACAACGCACCAGGUGACCAGCCCACACUUGCUGCAUGCCUGUUGUUCAAGGUAUAUGACAGUCUCACAAUUUUCUAAAAAUCCUUCUGAUUAGGAGUGGUUCUGCCCAUAAAUCAGCAUGAAAUCUUGUUUAUCCUACUUAUAUCAUUCCUAUGCUAUGAAUGGCUAUAUAAAUUAUAUCUACUUUUCUAAAAUCAUCAGCAUGCAAGUUAUAGCAGUGACACACUGGUCUGACAGCCCAGCAGUAUUCUAAAAUAGGCUCUCAACUCAGUGUUGUCAAUUCUCUGUUUGCUUAAGAAACUCAUUUUUAAACUUGAUCACAGAAUGAGUUCAAAAAUUCUCUGGGUACCAGUACUGCAAUAUGCACUGUUAUCACAAAAGCCAGAGUCUUAUUCAGGACGGAGGUACCCAUCUACCACGUCACACCUACCUCAGAUGCAACAGUUUUCAUAUUUAACAGUGCAAACAAAUUCUUGAUUCAGGAACAAAACUCAGCUGAGUCUUAACUACAGACCUGUGACCUGAGCAUCUUCAUAAUAAAACGGGAACAAGAAUUAUCAUCUCAUGCUCUAAGCUUCCGCAGAUAUAAAGAUCACUUUUGUGCAAAACAAGGAAUACUGACUUGCAUAAACUAUGCAGUUUUUUAAUAUCAACUGAUAUUCAGUAGUGCAGUCUUACUGAAUUAUAAUAGAGUUGGCAACAAGAAACAUUUUCCAGCUGUAAUGUAUCCCGGUUAAUGAAUUAAUAGUGAUCAGGCUUGUCCAUGUUAAUGUUGAAAGAAAUUCAGUGCACUGCUCAACUUUCAGUUUUUGUUUGUUCUUUUGGGGGCAAUAUGUUUAUUCUCUAGAGCUAAACUUAGUACUGAAAUAACUUAGAGAGUGAUCUUGCAAAUAGCACUGGGUUAAAGGUUGGCUAACGCAUGCUUUUUCAUAGAAACUUGUGGAAUUAUUCACAAUGGGAGGCAAUGUAGGUGUUGGGAGAAUCAAGCUCAGAGUAUUGCAGAACCUAUUUUCUUGUAGUUUUGACUGUGGAUUUGGAUGAAUGUGUUGUUGUUCAAAAUAAAUACAGUCAAUCCCUAAUAAAUGCAUUUCAGUACUAUUUUUAUUAAAACAAAGUAAAGUAAAACAGCCCUCCCUUCUAGCACCCAAGGACAAAUUAAGAAAGAAAUAGCUGCCUGUUACGACCUGCAGUGUUUUACAGUCUUGUGCUGCAGGAACCCAUUGACUAACAAGCUGCAUUCCCAGAGCACAGACCCCCUGUGGCAGAUUUUGUGGGUGAGAAGCAGUGCCAAAGCACAGAAAUGCUCACAAAUGUGUAAUGGCCACUUUGGGGCCAGAAGUUACCCGCGCAGUGAUGAGAAGGCCAGGCCCCUUGCCUCUGGACCUCCUCCCAUUCCUGCCUGCAGCAUGCCUGGGGAUGCCUUCUGCCACAGCUUUCCCACCAGUCUAAUGGCAGCCAGAGCCUAGGUGCGGCAGUUUACUUCUAUCCCACUUAAGAAGUUGCUUUUAAGUCAUGUAUAAAUCACAUCAGAAUUUCUCCUGCGCAGCUUACAAAAUGCCCAAAGCUAAUUUAAAUGUUUUUCUACUGUUAACAGAUUCCUGACAGGGACACGGUUUGCUUCUUUCAAUUAAAAAAACCACGAAUUAAUAAAAACUUGUUCUGUUGGGGAGGGAGGAGGAGAGAAUGAUUAAGCAGCUUCAGAUUUACUCAGGAAGCCACAAAAGACAACAAAAGAAUUUGAAACAGCAGCAGGCAUUUUAACCUCCACCCAUCCCGAUGGCCUUACCUUCCUGAGUUUGGUUUUCUACGUUCUCCUGUUUUUCCAGCCAACAGUGCAUGCUAUGCUCUCUCUCUAUACAGUGCAUCUCCAGAGAUUAAAAUACAGCAUGCUUUGUUCAGUUACUUAUGAAUCUUAGAAAGUUCUCAUGGGAGGAUAUUCAAGUUUCACCUCACACACUUUCUUUUUGGCAGUUACUUGCAUUUUUCCCCCCCACUGUUCCCACCAAACAACCUUGUGCUGGAAAAUACAACAAUGAAGUGUAACUUCCAGUAACAGCUGCUCUUUUUCUGUUUAGUACAAAUGUUGUUGCAGAACAGACCUCUCGCCUCAAUGCACGAGUUUUAAAGCCUUCCUUUUCUGAUACUUCUGUUAAACAUAGAAAACUGUUAUCCAGGAAGUAAAUCUGCACAUAUCUGUUACGAGUUUGGAGGUUUUUUCUCCCCCACCUUCUAAUUUGCUCUUGCAACUUGUCAUAAAAACAUGAAACCAAUUGUACUACGAGUGUUUCUGUGUAUUUGCACGCUUCACUGCCUAAUAUCACAGUAGUACGUCAAUAUUUUUAGCCCUCGGUGUUUCUUGAUACGGUAUGAAGCUAGACAUUAAACACCAAGGUCAUUUUUUAUCUUUUUUCUGAUCUCAUCUUCCUCCUGAAGGUAUCAGUCAGAAAAGGAAUAGGAAAUUACAGCACCUUCAAUCAGUGAUGACCAAGCUUUCAGGCCAGAUGGCCCAGUGAGCUCCUUCCCAUAACAGGGGAGGCCAGAUUAGCACCACACCUCUCAGAUCUGCCUAUGAUCUGAGGGCUGAGCUUUACUCUGCUUUACACUAUUAAGAAUUAGGUUUUCUUUCACAUUCCAAGCAUUGCUCAAACCAUCCAGAAACCAGGAGUGAGAAUUCAGUUUGACAACACAUCAACAAAUAAGGGAAUGAUAAAGGAGAAAGAAAACUCCAAAAGCUGGUAAAACAAAGCCAGCUGAGAACAACGAGACUUAACUGUAAUGAUGUUGUUUUCCAUAGUAAAAUAACGAAGUAUUUGGACAUUUGCAGAUUAACAAAACACACAAAACAAACCACCCACAAAUCUCAGCGGGAGAGAGGGGAAAGCACAAGAGCAACUUCCUUGAAUUAAUUUGCAGCUCUAUGAACUCUGCUCCAACCCUUCACAAGAGGCAGUAAGGAUUUCUCUAUUACAGCUGCACAGCACCAGCCCCAGAAGCUUCAUUUACUGCAGCUUUAGAACAUAAGAUAAAAACGCUUACCCUGCUUGCAUGUAGGUCUAUAUCCUUUUCUUCCUCCACCAAAAUCUUUCUUUCAGUUUUCUAACACAACUGGCAGCAGACCAAUCCACAGCUCCUGCUUCAGCUCCAUGCCACCAGACUUCUGCAUCCCUUGAGCACAAACAGGCCUUACCCACAAUAUUCUAUGUUUAUGAAGAAGAAAAACAGACAGGGGGUGAGUGGGUAGGGAACGGGAACAAAGAACUUGAAGCCAUACAUUCAAUUUUAAAAUGUGUACUACCAUUUAACUGGAAUUUCAGCAACUCAUUCAGCAAUUACACUUUUUCCUUUCUUUUAAUCAGACACACUGCUUACAGCAUGCUAUCAAGACAGCAAUUAUAUCCCUAAGGGCCAUAGUACAUAGGACUCGGAUGUCCCUGAAGAUAAUUCCUAGAGCAAGAGAGCUAACUCAGGUGUUUAUGAGUUUUUAUUAUUAAAGACCUUGAGAUAUGAGGUAGCUACACUCUGCAGCCUCUGCCACAGAAUUCCAGGUGUAAACCAGUGAGAAACAGUUUAACUUCCAGAUUUUGGAUGCAUGGUGCUUGAGGGUAGCAGUGUUCUUAUUCGGACAUCUGGUUUCAGGCAAUCUUGCUAGAAAGUAGAAAGCCAGAAGCAAACAUAUGCCCUUAACAAAUACAAAGUAAUUUUUAAGGCACAGCUAACCUGAAAAAAUACAUAUAUCUUCAGAUGCAGAAACUUUACUCCCAAACAUAAAACAAGUACAGUUUAUGGAAAUGAACAUUGUAAGAUAAUGCUAUGAUGUAAACCUUUUCAAUGGUGCUUUAACAUUAUGAAUAUAUAUAUGUAUAUAUGCUUAAAAAUACUUAAUCUUUUUUGUUUUAAAUGUGUAAGUUUCCUUAAUUGAUUGGUAAUAUCUCAGCCUCUGUCUAUAGGCUUUUGCUGCUGUCAUCAUUUUCCCUGGUGCUCCUGAGGGUCUUUGACUCUGUUCCAACUCUUUUUAAAAAGUAGAGCAAAUACACUUAUGUAUAUAUUGUUUGUAAUAAAUACCAAUACAGCC